UAAUUCUUUGCAAUAUUUUCAUUUGAAGAGUAGAAGACAUUUUACAACACUCAUAAAUCAUGUUUAAAAUGAAUCUCACGGCCAUUAUGGCAAUGGAACCUGUGGACAAGCUGUACCUCGGUUUGGGACUGUUGACGUCAUUAGCGUCAUUGCUCGCGUGUUUGACGUUGUUCUUCGCUUUCUGUUGUGUUCCCGUCAUCAGGAACAGGGCACGAUACAUCGUUCUAUGUAUCGUGAUAGCCAAUGCAGGCGUUAGUAUCGGCACUUUGAUGUCAGUGGCUGUCAAACUAGGCUAUCCGGAAGUCUCAUGGAGAUCACAUCCGGUCUGCGAGUCGGCAGCCGCAAUAACAGUCUUGUUCCGGAUUAGUGGGUACCUAUGGACCGUCACACUGGCCCUCCAUCUUUGUUUUGAGACCUGGAAGAAGAAUUUGUCCAUCGCUCCGUCCAUGACGUGGCCCGCUCACUGCAUCUGCUGGGGAUUUCCAACGGCCAUCAUGAUCACGCUGGUGGUGCUUGAUGUCCUUGGAUCAGACAUCGGAAGUAAGCCCGGACACGUACGGCCUCCCUGGUGUCUGGUAGAUCGGCAGAUUUCUGACUACAACACGUUCGCCAUUUUGGCGGGAAUGGGAUGGCGAAUGGCAGCCCUCAUCUUUUGCUCCAUUGUUUACGUUCUGCUGCAGUUUAAGUCUCUCAAAAUGCCCAAACCACAGCAGCCAGAGAGGCGACAGGAGGGGGAGCAGCACCACAAACCCGCGGAAAAUCCAAAUCGACAACUGCGCCAUCUACUGGCGGUUUUUGUUCUGUUGAACAUUUGGGGAGGAUGGCACUACUUGAUCUCCCAGUACCGUAAUGAUGUGGACGUUAUGGUGGGGUUAGAGGUGGUGUGUGAAAACAUUCAAGGCUUUGUCAACACAGGAUUCAUUUUCCUGUUUAUCAGAGAAGUGCGCAAGGCCACGAGGAAGUACUGCUGUCAAGGCUUCUGUAAGUGCUGCUGUAGACGUUUCCGUGAUGCUAAUGUGUCACUUCCGGUAGAGAUGGAACAGCUAAGAGAGGAAAGUGGAGACCAUGCCCUCUUACUCGAGGCCGAAGAUGACCGUGUGCACUUUACCAAAGGACCCUGAUACAAC